AUAGAGGGAGCGGCUGGCGUUAUAGUUUAACUUCGUAGUUUGUACGAUACCACUUGUCUUGUUUUGAUCCAGUGCUAUAAAGGUGCGGAGAGAAGUGAGCGAGAAGGCUCGUAUUAAGCAAGCAAUUCAGCAAGGUCGUUCUUUGUGUCAAAAAUAUUUUCGUGAAGAUUGUAAACGGUUUUACUAUUUACAACAAUUAUCUGAUUGUUUGUGUGUGGUAACAAAGGUCGCAGUGUACGCAUAUGUCGUUACUAGUAAUUCGUUUCUAGAGAAACCUAAACGUACCUAAGGACGGUCCAAUGAGUUUGGGAGGAGGUCACAUUAUAGAGGGAACAAAUGCAGGAGGAAUAUUUGUACAGUUUAAUCAGGAUUGCACGUCAUUAGUAGCAGGCAGCACCAGUGGAUAUCAUUUAUUUGCUCUUACACAUGAUGAUGGCAUUGAAGAGAUCUACGCAAGCCGGUCAGGACAGGAGACUUGUCUGGUUGACCGUCUCUUCAGCAGUUCCUUGGUGGCAAUUGUUACUGUUUCAGCCCCCAGGAAGCUGAUUGUGUGCCAUUACAAGAAGGGGACAGAGAUAUGCAACUAUAGCUACAGUAACACGAUACUCGCUGUCAAGCUCAACCGUUCUCGUUUGAUAGUAUGUCUCGAGGAGUCGCUUCAUAUACACAACAUCCGCGAUAUGAAGAUAUUGCACACUAUUCGCGACACACCGCCCAACCCUCGCGGACUGUGCGCGCUAUCGCCAUGCGUCGACCACUGCUACGUGGCAUACCCCGGCUCCAGCGCCGUCGGAGAGGUGCAAAUCUUUGACGCGGUGCACUUGAACGCCAAGUGUGUAAUAAGCGCGCACGACAGCCCGCUAGCAGCGCUCGCGUGGUCUAUGUGCGGACGAAGGUUAGCGACCGCGUCCGAACGCGGCACGGUAAUACGCGUAUUCGCCGUUCCUGAACGGACGCGCCUCUACGAAUUCAGGCGCGGCGUCAAACGGUGCGUCUCUAUCGCGUGCCUAUCAUUCAGCGCUUGUGGCGCUUACCUCGCAGCGACGUCCAAUACUGAGACGGUGCACGUGUUCCGCUUGCAAGAGAACGCAGCUGGCGCGGGCGAUGAGAGCGCUGGAAGUGCAGGCGCGGCGGAGGGAGGUUGGGUUGACUGGAUGUCGCAGACUUUGUCGGCGGGACUCGUGUACCUGCCGGCGCAGGUGACGGACGUCUUGAGCCAGGGACGCGCUUUCACGUCAGCGCGUCUGCCAAGAGCAGGCUACAGGGCUGUCGCUGCUGUUACUAAUGUACCUCGUUCGCCGCGUCUGCUCGUGGCGACGUCUGAAGGCAUACUGUACGUGUACGCGCUUGAUCCGACGGAGGGGGGAGAGUGUACGCUGCUCAAGACCCACCAUCUAUUGGAGCCUCCGCAUUCGCAGCAGCUUGAAGUCGCAACGGGCUGCAGUUACGCCGGGGCGCUACGAGGCCGCCAUCCCGACGAUAUGACAGAAGUUGAAGCGAGUGAGUUUGGUGCAGGCGCGGUUGACACGCAGCCCGAUGACGAGAGCCCGCAAUAGAAUCAGAACGGGAGCAAGAGCUAGGAACGGCGCUGGCGGGAUCACCACCCCGUGGCGCUUACGACCUUCGGGACCCAAGACACUUUCCACCAAUGCGCUCCGCUGACGCCGCAACUUCUGAAUAAUCAACCAACCCUGUACUGCUAAAUCGUGUGAUAAUAAAACUUGUAUACUAAGGCCAACGAGACAAGAUAAAGAAUGUAAACAAACAGACCGUUACUGAGUUACAUUAUACUGAAAUAUAUUGCCAUAAAUACGGACAAUACAAAGAUGAUUAUUAUUGAGACAAGAUUAGGGAAUCCAUAAUUUGUAUAUAAUUUAUUCAAAUAAAAAUGUUUUGAAGCCCUGUAACUUUGUUUAAAUUCUUUAUCUCGCCUCGUUGGCCUUACAGAUAAUUGGAGGUAGUUUAGUAUUUUCUUUGAAUAACGCGAGUGUUACACAUUUAAAUAAAAUAUUUUUUUAAAGAGUUAUAACGCGUGUAAUUGUAAUUUUUACAUUAGUUGUUUGCGUAAAAGAUAAAUGAAAGUAUAGUGUGCAUAAAACGCAGUGAUAUAAUAUAAAAUAGACAAAAAGAAUUUGAAAUUUCCAAAAUACGAAAAUAAUUAACUACACUCAAAAAUUGUAAUACCACGUAUGUUGAUCUUGUACUGUUAUCACUUUUCUUGUAGAUCAAUUUAUUUUUAUUUUCUAUAUGUCAUGUAUUAUUAUCAAAAGAGUACCGACGUACAAUUUAAUGUCACCUACAAAACAUACGGGCUACUAAAUAGCAACACGUGUAUUUUUCGAAAAAUAUUAUAUUUAAUAUUAUUAUUCACGGUUUACUUAAAUAAUAUCUAUUUGAAAAUACGGUGAGAAUAAACAAAAUGGUUUUCAUCAUACACAUCACUGCUUUUUUUGAAGAGCAAUAAACCUGUUUCUGAAGUGACGUUAACGAUUAUUAAAUUUGACAGAAUAUAUUAGAUAUCAUAUAUUAUAUUUUUGACAGAUUUUAUUUUUAUUCUGAUGUCACGGUGGUGGAUGUAAUUUUGUGCUAUUUGGUGUUUCCAUUAACAAUCUUAGAAUUGUUCACAUAAUUCUUUGACUGUAUGCUUGAGUAUGAUUAAAUUUGAGAGAAAAUACUUAUAAUAAACAUAUAAUAGCGUCUGUUCUGCUUUAAUUUUAAUUUUCCGACUGACUUCUUCCAUAAAAUUUUCAUGUUUUUCUUUUGACAAUAAUAAAUGUUUUAUGUAACAUAACAGGCAAGUAAGUCAAAUUCAUGGAUUCAUAACAGUACAUUUUUUGUAUGUAAGCAGAACAGCGCCAUCUAGUUUUAAUGUAUAGACUUUUAUAACCAACAUUAUAGAUAAUAAUAAUAAUGUAUUGACAAUUAUAUUUUAGAUUUAAUUACAAUAUACGUAUUAUAAUGAAUGAAAGUACAUAAAUCCCAAAAAUAUAUGUUUAUAACAAAUAGUGAUAUUUUGAAUUUAAGAUUUAAUUUGACGAUCUGACGGGCUAUUUAAAACAUAGUUACUAUCAAAAAUAAUAUCUUUAUUAAAAUAAAUAGUAGAAAUAUUUUUGUACUACACUUAUAAUAUACUUACAUCAUAGAAUUGUUUGCAAAUCUAAAAGUCAUUAGACCCGAAUCGUUAAUAUUGUAAUUUGUUAGUCCUCACAUUUUAAUAUAGAUAAUGAGAAAAAAAACUAUAAGGCACUUUGAAAUUCGGGAUUUUGUUUUUUAAUUUGUCUGUGUUCAUUAAGGUGCGAUUAGUUGAAGGUUGGAAAAAUGUAGGUAGAUGCAUUUUUUCUACCGCAGACUACCUUACAUCGCUCAAAAUUAUAAAAAAAUUCCAUACAUGCCGCAACAUUAUCAUUUUCAUCUUACAAUAAUUAUACUAUAAAUGCAUAAAUUAUUUUCUCUAUUUUGAAGCGAAAGAUUAUUUAUAUUAAGGAAUAAGAAACGGAUAGCUCGACCCAAAUUCAAUGUGAUAAUUGUGCCUGUCACUGUCAUCAGUGACAAUUUACUGUCAAAAUAUUUUGACAAAGACCCCUGACAAGAGCCGUCUUAGAUUAAAUAUACUCAGAUGGAGCGCACCGAACUCAAGAGUGAAGCCACCAAAGCAAAUACAAACUCGCGUCAGUACUACACUAGAGCCGCGUUGUUUACACGUCACUAUUAAUUAAAAAUUGUAGUUUUAUCAUGGUAAAAAAAACCGUUUUCUCCAAAAAUAAAAUGGAAAUGGAACAUAUUUUCAUAAAUUACUAUUGUUUAUUCACAAGUUUUUUUAAUUAUUAGUUCACUCCAUCUGAGUAUAUUUUGUUAUUCUGUGUGUAUAGUAUAUAGUCGUACAUUGUGAUAGUAAGCUGCAUGUACGCUGUGUGAUUCUAGGUAUAGAAAUAUUAGUAUGAAUGGACUUACACUGCAUCUCUUAGGAUAGUUACACAUAGAAUCUUAGUGAAAUGUUGUUACGAAUUUUACUGAGCUGGUCAACUCAGGUCAAAACACGUAGGCAAUAAAUUGACAUUAAUAAUUAUUGUUAAUUAAUAUUUGGACUUGUUUGGCCAAUAUACAUUAGGCAAAUCUUUUACCAUAUUAGGUAAUAUGGUAAAAAAUUGGCCUAUACAAUUAUGUAUAUUAAAUUUACGCUUUGCUUUUCAAAGCUUAAAUAAAACUAGAUAUUAUGUGGAAGCUUUCCUUAGAUUUGCUUGCUAAAAAAAUACAAAAAAAUGUAAAUAAAGUUAGCAGUCGGUUUAAAAUUAACGUUAUUUGUGUGCACACGGCUUUACGUCCGUUCUGUUGUAUAGGAGCAACUUAGAUAAUAGUUUACGAGCUACUAUUGAUAUUAUUGUAUAAACUAUAUACUUAUAUAUUUGUUAUCCAUGCAGAAAUUUACAAUUUUUUGUUUGUUCGAUUCUUUUUUAAUUUAUUUGGUACGACCAAUGUCGCCAAAUAUAAUUUACUUUACAUAGAGUGCUUUUAGUCUAUGACAGCUGUCCUACCAAUAUUACUUGGAAGAUGGCAGACAUAUAGAUUUCAUUACAAUGUUCUUCACUGUGUUUAUAUCUCAAACGGCUCCGCUGAAGUUUAAUUAAGAUGCAGAGACAUAAACUGAAUGUCAUGUUCAGAAUUUGCAAAAAUAUAAAUAAAUAAAAAAAAUUACCUUUUCUGUGACAUUUGACAUACGUCAUUUUUGCAGUUGCGUUAAUAUUAAUAGGAGCAACUGAUCUUGAGUUGAGUAAUUAUAUUAUUGAUGAUCUAUAUACAUAAUGUCUCAGAAAGUAAUAGGUUUGAAGUUUCAUAACAUAUAACUUUUGCUACUGGUGUCAUAUGUUUUAUUAACGAAACUCAUUAUUUAAGUAUUAAGAUGUAAAGCCGUGACAAGUUUUGACGAUUGAAAAGGUGAGGUAUAUUAUAUAAUAUAACUAAUAGCUGUUGUUAUUAUUUUCCCUGUACAUAUCAUAUACAUUUAAAAUUGAUUGAAAUUUGUGUUUUCUAUAAAUGUAAAUUAGCACAAGUUACCUUUAAUCAUCUCAUCAAAAAGCUGGUUUAUAGUUUCUACUUAAAAAAUAUAUUAUCGUCGUGUUUAACAUUGUAGUCUUAGAUUAAGGAUAGGUUUCCGCUGCGCUCCAAUUAGAUACCGCAAUACCUAAUAAUAAUAGCUUUCUUUUUAAGGCUACUAUUAGAUGCUUGUGUGUGUGGAGUCUUGACACUUAAUGGCGUCUUUAAAAUUUUGUAACAUACGCAUCGUGUUAUUUUAUAUUGAUAAAAAAAUACAAAAUACUUACUGAUGAUAUGUGAUCCCAGUGUCUUUCUUAUGAUAUUAUUUUUCAAAUUUUAACUGAAUAACCCGGCAUUUUAGUUUAUUAUUAGCAAAGUUUAACAGAACAUGUGGCACGUAAAUGUCACUCAUUGUAAGAGACUGGCUCGAGUACGCCAAUUUGGUCCUAGUAUUGGUUGCCGCACUUUGCGACUACGCCUCCGGUAUCUAGUUGGACCAAUCCUUAAUCUAAGAUUGUAGUGUAGUUAAAUAAUUAUUACAUAAUAAUUGUAAUUUUUGAUGAGUAGGUAUGUAUGAAGCAUUGGAAUUAUUAAUCUUAGCGUUUGUUGUUUAGAAGUUGCGGUAUUUAACUGAAAUUGUCGCUUCUCCUCACGUUUGUGCUUUGUCAGUACAUGUCCCGUUGCUGCUAAUAAUACAAAAUUGUAAAUAUGAAAAUAUUUUUACAAAACAA